UUGUCAAUCUUGGAGGAAAUUAAACUGAAUUGCAAACAUUAUAAAACAGCUGCAGUCACAUUUGUCUGACUCCACCCCUUCAGUGUGGAGUUUUCAGGGAAUUGAAAGUGUUGUGCAGAGCUCCUGAGCAGACUGAACACGGUGAUCAGAAACAGGCAAGAAACGAGCAAAACUCAGGAGUUCAUCAAAUUCCAAGUUUUUUCUAAAAAGAGUCAGAAAGAGAGCAACAAGGACUUUAUUCAACACUGAAUUAUACUCGACAAAUCUAAGGAGGACUUCCUGCUGUGAAAACAUGUCUGACAGCAUACAAACAAAAAGGAGAAGAACAGAUCCACAAACUAUCCUCUGUGACAUGUGUGCAGAGGACAGGAAACCAGCAAAGAAGACGUGCAUGAAGUGUGAGAUCUCCAUGUGUGUCCAGCACCUCCAGGCCCACCUGACCACACCUGUGUUACUGCAGACUCAUCCUCUGACUGAACCCAUGGAUUUAUGUGGGAACACCAAAUGUUCUCAGCACGGCAAGCUCCUGGAGUACUACUGCUUGGACGACAUGACCUGUGUGUGUGUUUCCUGUGCCAUUGAGGACCAGCACCGCCUACACAAUAUGAAGACCUUCUCCACAGCCCACAAAGAGCUCCUGGAGAAGCUGAAAGCUGAGCAGCUGAUCUUACAGGAGAAAACAGACGAUGAGAAUGUGAGUCUGGAAAAGUGGGAGAAGAGUGAAAGAGAGAAGCUGGGUCGCUGCAGUGUGCGUCUGAUUGAGGCUGUGACUAACCUGCGUGACAUCUCUCUGACCAGCGUCCAGAGCUCAGUCUCUGCUCGUAUGGUGUCCCUGAAAACCAGCAAGAGCAGCAUGGAAGCAGCACAGAAGGAGAAGGACACCUUCAGAUUCCUGCAGAUGUAUUCUCAGGUGCAUCAGGAUGUGGAGAAGGCCAAAGCUGUGGAUCUGAGCAAAGGGCUGGAGCCGGGCAGCCAUCGGGACAAACUGGUUGAGGAGAUGAGACAGAAUGGGGAGAAGAUGGUGAAGCAAGCGUCUCAGUUCUGGGGAUCAUUGCUGACUCUGGUUGAUCCUGAACACCACCAGGAGCUUGUUCCCACUGAUUCACACCUGAUCUUUGAGCCACAGUCUCUGGGUCCUGGCAUGUCGCUCUCCAAAGACAACAGGAAGGUUUUCCACAAUAGCUGGCUGGGACAGUGCUGUGCAACUCUUCUAAUCUGUAGUACCAAGACAGCCAGCAGCUAUCAGAGGUGGGUGGUCAGUCUGCCUGAAGAGUCUGAUUGGAUGAUUGGUUUAUGUGAUAAAAAGUGUGCAAAGAACUUGAAGGAUGGAGCUGUGUAUGGACUGUGCUGGGAAGAUAAGCAGCUCAGCAGCCUCACAACAAAGAGAAAUGAAGGUUCUCAGUCAUCCACUUCACAAGGUUUGAAAGCACAAAAUACUGGCACAGCCAAAACAGCUACCCAGUUCAAGACAACCUCUGCAUCAAUCACAUAUCAGGGCGAGAAUGGAGAAGAGCCUGUACCACGACCUGAAAAGGUGGAGGUGUUGUGGAACUUUGCUGCCUCCACGCUAUCCUUCUUCAGCAGAACCGGACAGCACCAGAGAGAAGAAAUAAUCACAAUGAAGCUCAAAGCAAGCAUCAACAACUGGGACCUGGUCCCAUUUGUCCAACUGGGAAAGCAAAAUAUCCACAGCACGACCCAGCAGCAGCAGUGGAAGUGUUCAUGUGGGAAAGAUUACUACUGGGAUGGUAACAGCUACCGGGACAAUAGGUCUGGCUCCUAUUACCAGGGUUGUUGUUCCUGUGGAAAAGUUCUCGGUCCACACAUCACAGAGAUGGUUUGUGAACUUUACUGAGUGGUGGGAUUGUGGUUUUUGUUUUUCUGUCACUGAGUGAGUAUAAACUUAACUGAUUGGUUUUAAUUUGUUGUUAAAUGAAUUUAUUGUGAUGCAUUGUGAGGGUUUUCAUUUAUUGCUGUCAUUCUCUUCUGGGAUUUCAAUCUAAUGUAGGCAUUUUAAAGUGUUUGUCUCCAUCUGCUGUUGUUGAAAGUGUUACUGCUUCACAGCUGGGGAGUCGACAUGUUUUUUCUAUCAAAGUAAUCUUUCAGCAUACUUCAGAUAGAUUCCCGAACAUCCUGUAGGGCCUGUUUACAGACUUUAUCUAGCACACAGCAGGCACUUUGGCUAAUGUUGUCUUUUCAUACUGGAUCGUGUGCAUAUAUGGCUGGGCGGGUCUGAUGGGAGGAGAUUAAUAUUCAUGUAAGUAACACAUUUUAGUUUCAUGUGUACACACUGUAAAUGAUCUAAUCAAUAAUAAAGUCAUUGGAGUUUGAAGUUGUGAAAUGUUUUUAUUGACUGGAUGAAAUGUGACGUGACUUUUGAAAUAUAAAAGCUGCCUUUUUUAAAACUUCACUCAAAAAUGACAAAGAAAAACAACAGUUUACAUAAGAACAGUUUGAAAUGAACUGUGUGAAACUAAAUCCUGUAAAAUACUCACACUGAAGGACUUCUGAAGCUAACAUGAAGGAAUCAGUUUAUUUAAAGGCUUCAAUCAUUACAGUAAAUCCACUUGAAGGUCUCGUUUGUAAAAGGAAACACACACUAACUUUGGUAUCGAUCAGGAGCAGCUGAACCAGGUAAGAUAAAAGUAUAAAUAGAUUGAAUAACAUCUGUACUGUAAGUUCAGCACUACAUUACUACAUGCUGUCUGUGCUCCCAGAUUGUACUCAUACUCAUUGCACUAACAGAUCAUUUAUAGAAAGUAUAACUCAUUAAAGUGCAAAACUUUAGCAAAGGAAUGACAGGUUUUCUAAAAAGCAAGUCAAUGUUAUAAUUUUGUUACAGCAAUUGCAGAAACAUUUAGGAUGUAUAAAUAAUUUAAGAUAUUUACUAUAAUUUUAUAUGUCAGUGACAAAGGCUUUCAGCAGAGUUUAGGAGUCUGCACUGGAAUGAUGAGAGAGCAGGCCUGCAGAGGUAGCCUGCAUCUUACUACCUGGAAACACACUCAGACCUGGAAUAGUCAGAGUGUGAGGAGACCCAGAGUCUGUGUGCUGGAAAAUACUUCUGUUAUAGAGAGUGGAACUUACACAGCUAGA